AUGAGGCCCCAGGUGCUGCUCGUCGCAUUGGUUGUCUUCGCCGUCCUCGUAGCUCUGCCACUAGGCAAAGCGCACGAGGAGGAGGAAGGGGUUGACGCGAGCCGGUGGCCGUGCUGCGACGACUGCGGCAUUUGCACCAGGUCGCAGCCGCCGACAUAUGCCAUAGACCGAGACAUGACUAUUUCACUGUGA